AUGUCCCAGACCUUCCUCGGCCUCAUCAGCUUGCAAAAUGGCACCGAAAUGAUCACCCUGACGCUCAUCUUCAACAAGCUCACGGGUUUCUACGGCCUGCUCGCCAUCCUCACGGGAUACUCUCUGUCGCUCCUCCAGCUCUCCAUGUACAUCUACUCCCUCGGCGUCCUCCUCGUCACGGCCGCUCUGCUGCCACACAUCCGCAAGCAGACGCCCUUUGAAUGUCUAGCCCUCGCCUGGCUCUAUAUCAUCGACACGGUCCUCAACGCAGCGUACACCACGGCUUUUGCCUUGUCAUGGUUCGCCCACUCAACCGCGCUCGAGCGCCACCCCUCCCCGGCCGAUGGCUCCUCCAUCUCGGUCAACUCCGCCGUCCCCGACGCGACCCUCGCCACUGGUACCCCCGUCGUACCUGAUGUGCCCGGCUCGACCAAGCACAUCGGUCCUGAGGAGUCGUGGACGAGCCUCGGCCUCGUCAUUGGCUUCACCGUCGUGCGCGUCUACCUCGCACUCGUCGUCAUGGCGUUCGCCCAGAAGGUCCUGCAGCGCGUCGGCGAGAGCGGCUGGGUGCCUGAGAACCGCAAGCGCGAGUUGAUGGAAGGCAGCGGUGGUGGUGUGUACGACAAGCUACCCCCAUCCACUCAGCUGAAGGACAUGAGCCGUGUUGGACUACUGGAGGAACAUGUCUUCAACUGGGCCUCCUCGAUCAUUCGGCUAAUAAGCAGGUUGGUCGUGAGGUAA